AUGAACGGCGUGGCUCGACUGGCAGAAGCGGGACGGCUGGUUUCUGGCUGGGUGGAGAGCUCCGGUCUGCGUCUUAACUCCGGCAAAAUUAAGUCCAUAUUUUUCGGGUCCAUGAAGAACGUUAACGAUAUUAAAUCAUGGAACUUGCCUGGGGUUCCGUUACCGGACGGAGUGAUCGUCCCAUUCAGUGAGAUGGUCGUGAGUCUCAGUGUUGCAUUGGAUAGCAAACUUACUUGGAAACCGCAUGUGGGUGCUAUCACGGAAAAGGUAAAGAAAGUCCUGUAUGGCCUACGGUUUAUCAGAGGCUGCACCACUGAGACUCUCCGCAGAAGGCUAGUUGAGACACUUAUACAACCGCACAUCGACUACUGUACUGUCACCAUCCUGGACGCGUCUAACGAACAACGAAUACGGAUACAGAAACUGAGCAAUUCGUGUGUGAGAUUCAUCUUCGGGGUUAGAAGGGGUGAACACAUCAGUCCCUACCAGAGGCAUCUAGAAUGGCUUCGCACCGAUUCAAGAAGGUUCUACUUUAAGGCCAUACUAUUAUACAGAAUAAUCCGGAUCGCUGAACCUUCGUAUCUGGCCUCAUUGUUCAAUAAACACAAGCCCUCUAGUAGGGGAGUUCCCCCGGAACUGAGCAUCCCUAUCGUGAGUACUGAAACAGGGGCUAGGGCCUUCCAGAUCCAGGGUGCUCGGUUCUGGAACUCUCUCACUUCUACUCUGCGAAACCUGCGAUCUUCCGCCUUCUUCAAGGGGGCACUGCGGCGGCACCUGCUGGCCACUGAAUCCUGA